AUGCAAAGAGUAACACCAAAUCAAAACUAUAAAGGAUUACAAAGUUAUGAAGCAGUUUUACAAACAAAUAGUUUUAUCAAUGAUCGAAACAACGGUAUACCUGACUUUCCUGUACAAACAAUUACUGAUGAAACAAUGGCAAGCACAUCGAAUCCAGUUAAUCAAUCAACCAAUCAUAAUUUUGAAAAUAAUGCCAAUCCUGAAUUACAUCAAAAACCUGUGACUGUACUUGUUUGUCAUCAAAACAUUAUGGCUGCUGCUUAUUCCGAUUGUGUGGGUGUAUUCUCGUUAAAAGAUCCUAUUGGUUGGCAUUUAACAUGGUUAAGUCCUAUUUUACCAGGACCAAUUGAUCGAAUGGCUCUUACUGGAAAAGCACCAAAUCAAAACAAUUUCAUUCCUAGUCCUAUUCAACCUGGAACAGUGGCUACUUCUUUAUUUCCUUUAAGCGCCACCACGAAUUCAUCAAAUAUAAAUCCAGUUACCAGUAAUUCAACGAACGUUAGCAUCAACAAUAGCAGUAGUAAUUCGAAUAGUUUUAAUCAACCUGUAUCUAAUAAUGCCAUGAAUUCAAAUAUCAAUACAAAUUCUAACUUUCCCAUUAAUUCACCUACACAGACUACUACAACAUCACAAUCUAAUCCAACUUCUAUAUCUGGACCGAAUAAUUUACCUUCUGUGAUAAAUGCAUCUUCUUCGAAUUGUGCAGGUGGGUGUACAUUAGCAGUAGCUGUUGGAUCAACUAUUACCCUAUGGUAUUUAUAUCCAUCAUCAGGAUUAAUCUCUGCAGUUGUUUCAUAUGCUGGUACAUACGGAAUGACUACAUCACCGGCUACUUAUUUUCUCUCUCCAUUAUAUCCAUUUAUGCCUAUGCAAAAUGUGAAAGGAUUGAAUAAUUAUCCACCGUUAGCUAAAAUUAAAGAACCUUGGACUUGUGAAAUGGUCGGUCAGUAUGAUUUGAAUAGACGUGCUGUAGAUUAUUUAUUAUUUAUUGGUGCUCAUCUUGUUGCACUCAGUCGACAUGGUUUAGUUGGUGUUCGACAUGUAAUGACUAAUUCAUGGCAAGUAUGGAGUACUGUCCCAAUACUGAGUUAUGGUGUCGCUGGUUCAGAGCUGUUACUUUUAGGCUGUGCAAGUGGAUGUAUAUGUAGUAUAAAUAUACAAAAAUUUCCUUUACGUAUAGUGGACAAUGAUCUUUUAGUCACAGAAAUGUAUCGUGACCCAUUACGUGAUCCAAUCACUGCUCUUAGUGUACAUUUAUCACCGAAAAGAUCUUAUUCAAGUCGUAAUUGGAUGGAAAUUGCCUAUGGUACAUUAUCUGGUCGUGUAUGCUUAAUAGUUCAACAUCCAGAAACGGUUGGUUAUAGUCCUCAGUUAUUUCAAACUUUCAAUGUUCAUCGAUCAAUGGUUACACGUGUUGUAUUAUCAGAAAAAUAUUUGAUCUCAGUUUGCAAUGAAUUUCAUCAUGUUCGUACAUGGAAAGUAACACGUUUUCGUGGAAUUAUCAGUACACAACCAAGUUCUACACCUGUAGGCUCAUUUCAUAUAACUAUACUGGAUACAAAUAAUGCUACACAACAAUUAGUUGAUUCUGUAUUAGAUGCUGCUCAAAAAUGUCAUACACAAAAAUCGCAUUCAACCAUAUCGAAUGAAGUAGUAGUUCGAGCUCAUUCUAGCCUUGGUACUAAUCUGUCACGUAAUAAUAGUAAUAAUAAUAAUAAUAAUACUAGCAAUAAUAAUAAUAAUACACCUAACGAUACACCGAAUCGUGUGAAUUCUUUAUCAUACAAUUUAUCACACUGGCAUUCACGUGGUUCCAAUUUACGAUCCUCCAGUGCUCAGGGUGUUUCACGUGAUUUAUUCACUUCUCCAUCGACAUCUUCACCAUUAACGUCAUCCUCGUCAUCGUCAUCAUCGUCUCAGCCUGAUACACAUCAUUUAACAUCAGUCAGUUCAUCGAAUAGACUUCAAUCACUUGAUGUACCAUCAUCAACUAAUCCUGUUAGAUUGGAUUUAUGUAAUACACUCAGUGAAGGAGAAGGAAUUGAUGAUAUUUGUUUAAAUGAACAAUCAGAUAUUGUUGUUCUUCCACGUACAACAUGGCUUCAUGAAGAUACCUCUGGGUUACACAAUCAAUCUGAUGGUGAGUUAUUCAAUUCAAAUCAUCAAACUGAUACAAAUCCCUCUGAAAAUAAUCUGAACACUCCAACUAUUGCCAAUACUAUUGAUAAUGAUAUUACUAACAAUAAUCAUAAUGGUAGUAGUACAUUCAAUCAUCGAAUCAAAAAUCGUUCAUCAUCUGCUUGUAGAGGUUUACAACAAUCAAUUCGACGCUAUGAUAAUGAGGCCAGUAAUAGUAAUAAUAAUAAUAAUAAUAUCGAUUUAAAUAACUGUAAAACUAGGAAUCGAAAUAAUAAUGCUGCUGUUACUAUAACAACAACAACCACAACAACAACGGCUACUGCUACUAAUACUACUAAUAACAAUAAUAGUAGUAACAACAAUAAUACUAACAAUACUCAUAAAAAUAUAAUUCGUCCUUUAAUUGAUGUACAUAAAUAUGCUAAUAAUCCUGGUCCAUUUGGUGAAAGAGAAGAUAUUCUGGUAUUUGUACAAAAAUUAACGCCACAAGCUAAUCAGUUAUUUAUACGUUUAGCUUCUACAGGGAAAAGGAUUUGUGUCAUUCACUCGGUUGAUCGAAGUUCUAUCAGUUCGUUUACUGUACAUGAACAUGAUGGAUUUAAUCGAGUCGGUGCUCAUCCAAGACGAUAUGUAUUUACAGGUCAUUCGAAUGGGACAAUUCAAGUUUGGGAUUUAACAACUGCAUUAAAUCUUUCAAGAACUGGUUCCGGUUUACCUGGUCCUUUAAUGACUAUACCAAAUUCAUCAACAAUGAAUACAGAUGGAGGAUGUAAUUUUUCACAUGAGAUCCCAUCUUAUCCAGGUUCAACAAUGAAUAAUAUGAAUUCAUAUGGUGGUGGCAACACAAUGUUUAUGAUUGGUGCUAAUUCUAACGGACCACCAGUAAAUAAUCCGAAUGCAAUUCAAAUUUAUCCCAAUAAUAAUAAUUAUCAUCAUGAAAAUCAAUAUUAUUUCUCUGGUGGUACAGAUGCUUAUUCUUAUUCUCACUAUAAUGGUUGUUAUAAUAUCGGUGGACCGACAUCAUCGGAAUUAUUACGGUUAUUAGAAAAUUGUCAACUUGGUUUAUCAUCUGGCACAUCGAGUAUGACAGCUUUAUGCUCGGAACAUUUAACACCGGCUGAAUCAUUAAAUUCAAUCAUUCAUUAUUCAGGCUUAUGAUAUUUGUUUUUUUUUUUAGUAAAAAAUAUUCAAAUUUCGCAUUAUUUACUACACAUCAUGAAAACAGAAAAAAAAAGAGAUUGUUCCUUUUAAAACGCCUGUUCAUUGUUCAAUGAAACAUAUUUUAUUUGUUGAUUUACAUUUUUUGUUUUUUUUUUGGGAUCAAAUCAUUCCAAACUUUAUUGCCAGUAUUAUGUAACAGUCAUAUCAAUUUUGAUGAUUAGUAAAAAUUUUAUGCAUAUAUAUAUAUAUAUAUAUAUAUACAUACAUAUUUCAUCUUCCUAACUAACUACACAUGCACACUCACACACACACGAGAGUUAGGAAACAUUGUGUUAUUUAUUAUUUUAUACGUUAAUGAGUAGUUUUAUAUUCUAAGUAGUAUAUAUAUCCUGCUUAUAAUUAAGGUGAUGUGUGUAAGUAUAUGAAAUAAAUCGGUUCGAUUUUUUUCUCAAAUCUAAUUUUAUUUAUUUGAUCAAACUCGGGAAACAAAGUUACUCCUGAUCAUAUAUAUAUUCCCUCUCUCUUCCUGUCUAUAGCGUAAUCAUUGUACUUUACUAGCUGACUUUCCUUACUACUACUAGGAAACGUUGCCAACUUACUUUAUCAAUGAUUACGCAAUCGUUAAUCAACGAAUAACCGUUUGGGUUUGUUUUUACUUCUAUGUUUUAAUCCUUCUUACCAGUUUAAACAAUAAAUGAUGUCAUUAUUUUAUGCCAUUCAAAAACACUUGAAUAUGAACUUGUUGUUUAAUUUUUGCUUUUUUUUUUCUUCUGUUCUGUUUCUAACUGGCAUGGCUCAUAACUAUUGUUAUAAUCAUGCGACAAAGCAAUGGAAUCCUGUUAUGAGCUAAUUGUAAAGAAGAUUUAUAUUUACUUACUGAUAAGAUUGUUGUUUAUUUAUCUGAUUGAUUGAUUGGUUGGUUGGUUGAGUGAGUGAGUGAGUGAAUCAAUAAUCUUGUAUUGUUUCCUAUAAUUUGUGAAUAUUAUUAUUAUUAUUAUUUUUAUUUUGUUUAAAUGAAUAAUUAUUAGAAGCUUGAUUUUUUGAAAUUACUGAGUUCCUUGUUUAUUGUUGUAGUAGUUGUUGCUACUACCAGGAAGUGAUUGGUUUAUUGAAUAAAAUUAUAUCAUUUUAUUUACACGAACUUGUGGUGCAUUUAAAAAACGAUGAUUAUAUUUUUAAGAAACAAAAAAACUCAAGUAUCAUCUUAAUUUGAUGUAAUAAAAAAGGUUU